GAUUUGGCGGGUCGCGUGGUUGUUUCCUGGUGACCAGUGGUGCCGUGCAGAGUCAUAUUGCGAUCGUCUGAUCAACCUCGUUUCUAUCUCCGAGAGAAUCAUUAUGAAAGAAACACGCUGAAACGAAAACACUCAAAAAAGAUAACACCGGAUGUAGUCGAACACAAGUAAAGCAUCACAUAGAGACGUUCAGCCCAGCAAUGGACAAAUCAGGAGCGAGGUUGUACCUGCGAGCAAUUUCUAUUCAUCGUAAUUCCAAUAUUUCUUUGGUUUGGAGACUUCUUCCAUAGUGUUAAACAGGCUUACUAGGAUCUCUGAUCGAUCCUGAUCCGCAUUUAACACUUCUCAUUCAAGCUCAGACACAUAUUAAACAUUUGAUAAAACAUUACACCGACAAGAGUUUGAGUACAAUAUUACAUGGAUCUAGAAUCGGAUAAUUGGUCAGAGGGAUGAAAGAUAAUAGCAGAGAUGACAGAGAAAGACGCCGUGCUCAAUGAACUUCGGGUUGAUAAGGACAUCCCCGACAAAGAUGGCGCCCUUGGAAAAUUGCGGAUUAUUUACGAUGGAAUCUCAGUGAAUACGUGGCUCAGACCUUUUGGUCUCACACUUAAACGAGGACAGACCAUAGAUAGAUCAAAAGGUGUCGAGUUAAAUGACAAUUUGAAGAAUAGUAUCAGAGAUAGAGCGCAAAGUGCAAACGGGAUACUUGGUCGGCGCCAUUUUGAAUUGGGCCGGCAGGAGUUGAGUCGACAUCAAGUUCUGAUAGGACGAUCGUUGGUCAAGAAAGCGGGAGGAAGUGAUGACAGUGAUGUGACAGGAAGUGGUGAAAGAGGCGGUGGAGAUGGCAAAACGCGUGUCUCGUGUCGGUCUGCAUUAUCUACUUGUCGACCGGGUUUGUCGCCGAGAGGGGACGUUAAAAGACCUUUCACGGGGAUUGGAAACUUUAGGGAUUCUGUAAAUCGUCCGUAUACAGCACAACCGCAGUGCACGGUGCGAAACAGCAAGGCAGAUUUACCCGACUUAUGUAUCACCCAGAUUAUAGGAUGUAGAGGUGAUGCGAGGAUAUGUGACACGAGGAAUAAACAAUAUCUCGUUAGUGUACACGAUGUGCGAAAACAGGCGACCAUCUUGGACGACGAGACUAUCAGUUUUCGCUCCAUCAGCGCAAUGAAAGAAGCGUACAAAACGCGGGUCAAAUCGGCGCCGGUUACGAAACAUUCAGCGACACACGCCGAAGACCAAGAUUGUGACAAUCCGCGUGACCAGGAGCACGCGAAAAUUGCAGAAGACAGAUUAGGUUUGAAAACGCCUUCAAAUUCACAUACAACUCUAAAAAGGUGGGCGUUUUCAUCUGGUGACAGAGAAAGGUGUCACACCGCCGCCGGGACGAGGAGCUGCACGUUGAAGCCGCUGCUUUAUAGUGAGGAAUGCGACGUCGCCCAUAGUAACGGGUGUCCGCAGAAAUGUAAAGGUUGCUUUCGCGCAUGCCUGGCGUCUGAUGAGUACUUUGAGAAUGCUAAGAGUAUGAUUCCAAGACGCGGGAAGCCAGGGCCAGUGCCACAUCGUAAGAAAGUCUCCUACCGACUACGCCCAGCGCUGAGGAUGGCGUUUCUGGAGCAGUUGUCGAUUGAGGAGAAGGCAAGACAUUUAGAACAGGCGAUGCGGCAAGGGGGAGAGGGUCAUGCUGAUGAUGAUGCGGAGGCAGAGAAUGGGUAGCCGGCAGAAAUCGCCAGGAGGAAAGUACCCCA